UAUCAACUGCCAGAUAAACCCGACGGACAGAACUUUUAAGCAGAGUAGCUAACUAUUUGGAAAAAAUAUAGCUAUCGAUGGAGGCGUGCUUGUAAAUAGCGAUUUAGAUUUGGAUCCAAACCAGUUAUCGGAUUAUAUAAAAUAAUAAGCGGACUUAAAUCAUAGGCUUUCAGCAACCGAACGCAAGACGGAAGAAAUCGUCGCUCAUCGAGGAAUGGCGUCCAUAUCGUCUCUCCCAGUUGAAGACCUCACCUGUCCGUUGUGCAUUGACAUCUUUGAAGACCCCGUCAUGCUAAAAUGCAGCCACAGCUUCUGUAAGACCUGUCUUGAAAAGUGCGUUGAGCCCCGCGGCACUGGACUAUGCCCGGUUUGCAAAUGGUCGUCCACAGAAUUCCCCCUUCCGAACCUGGCCCUGAGGAACCUGUGCGAGUCCAUGUUAAAAAACAGGAUUAAGAAACCGGCUUCUGCGUCCGAAUCACUCUGCGGUCUCCACGGCGAGAAACUCAAGCUCUUCUGUCUGAGCGAUGAGGAGCCGAUCUGCCUCGUCUGUCAUUCUUCAGAGAAGCACGAUAAUCACAAAAUGCGACCACUAAAGGAAGCCGCACUGAAGUAUAAGGUGGAGGUGGAGAAGGCACUGAGGCACCUACAGGAGAAGCUGAAGGCCUUUAUUAAGGAGAAACAGAAGAGUGAGCGAGACGCUAAGUUAAUCAAGAGCGACACUAAGUCUACACUAGUAGUAAUACAAGAGGAGUUUGAGAAACUUCACCAGUUUCUGCGAGAUGAAGAGGCGUCCAGGAUCGCUGCACUGAGGGAGGAAGAGGAGCAGAAGAGCCAGAGGAUGAAGGAGAGGGUUGAAAAAAUGACAAAAGAGAUUUCAUCCCUGACAGACAUGAUCAGAGCUUUAGAGCAGGACAUGAAGGCUGAUGAUAUCUCUUUCCUGCAGAACUACAAGGCCAUAAAGAGAAGCGCCGAAUACAAAGUGUCAGAUCCAGAGAAGCUAUUAGGAGGGAAUAUCAAUGUGGCCACACACCUGGGCAACCUGAAGUACAAAGUGUGGAAGAAGAUGAAGGGGAUUGUUCAGGACAACGUACAGCCAGAAACCAAGGAGUCCAGCGCCCCUCAGAGAAAGCUCUCCGGGUCAGAGGGCAUCUAUGAGGAGCUCCCCCAGGUGGCGCAGGUCAGACGGAGCAGCAGCACCGACAGCAAGCAGAAGAAGCCCAGAAUCCUGCAGCGCUUUCACUUACGGGGACAGCAGAAGGGAGACCAGCAGGACAAGCAGGACCAGCAGGAUAAGAAGGACAAGCAGGAUAAGAAGGACAAGCAAGACAAGCAGGACAUCUCUGCCAGGGCGCUAUACGACUACCAGGCAGCUGAUGAUACGAAGAUCUCUUUUGAUCCCGGUGACAUCAUUACGGGCAUUUCGAUGACUAACAAUGGCUGGUGGCAUGGCUACAACCCAGACGGGUGCUAUGGACUCUUCCCGGCCAAUUACGUGGCACGAAUCUAAGCCAACCCCGCCCACUCACUGCCUCAGCAUAUCACAAACGGGCUGCAUGAACUGGGGGGGGGGGGGGGUAUUAUAACUCAGAAACAGGCUUCUGUUUUUGAUUGGACAAUCAUUGCAAAAGCUCUGCAACUCAACAAUAUAGCCCAGCUAUACUGAAGACUAUGCCCAUGUCUUUGAAAGCAGCAAGGUUUUAGGAUAUGAAUCAAUGCUUGCUGUUGGAUAGGCUAUGCCAGAUGGGCCUGGAAGCAAUGGUGUUCUCUACAGGCAGAUCAACAUGAAGGGACAACAUGGUGAUGUCUGCAUUAUCUGCAUUACUGGACAGCAUUAGUCUACAUUUAAUUUUGUUAAGUUUGUUUUAUGGUAAAUGGUAAACGGCUGGCAUUUAUAUUGCGCCUUUAUCCAAGGCGCAAUAUAAUUGGGUGAUGCUUCUCAUUCACCCAUUCACACACACUCGGACACCAACGGCGAUUGGCUGCCAUGCAAGGAGCACUCAUUUUAUAAGUGUAUCUGUGUGUAGCCAAAACAGGCUGGGUAAGAUUACUUACUCUAUAUUUCUAUUCUUUAUUUGUGUAUUAUGUAAUUGACUUUUGUAUUCUAAGCUAAUGACCUACCCCCCUGUGAAUAAAUUCUUCUUGGUUUUGA